CGAAUUUAAGAUGCCGCGCAGAUUUAUUGAAAUCUUCUGAAUUCAUUUAUAUUUAUUACCAAAAUACAGCCAAUAGUACCAAUAGAUGAUAAUAGAUGACACUACUGGUUUCUGGUUUAAAUGACUACAAAAUCUGUUUAUCUUAUUUAUAUUUUUUAAUUUUUCUUACAUAAUAAUAAAUCUCAUGAAGUUUAAUCUAUACCUAUACAAUAUUCCGAUUAGUAAUAUUACAAAAGCGACAAAAUCUUAUGAAAUUUUUCUUCAACAAAUAACUGAAAAUAAAUAAUCUUCAUCAACGAACGCAAUUGUGAGGUUAUGUAAAGGUCAAAUGGAAAAACAAUAUUAUCUACACCCAAUUAAAAAAGCAUUGCACACAGCAUUUUUUGCAGUUGAAUAAGUUGAAUUGCUGAGACCGUCCUUUUAUAUAAAGUGUACAAAAUCGAGUGUAGUUUAUUCAAAUUACUCUAUAAAUUUGCCAAAUUAUAAAAAAUGAGUGAAUCAAUUGAUUACAGCAGUCCUUACGCUAAUUACAGAUCACCCUUAAGUACUCGCUAUGCCAGUAAAGAAAUGCAGUAUAAUUUUAGUGACCAAAAGAAGUUUUCAACAUGGAGGAAACUGUGGAUAAACCUAGCGAAAGCCGAGAAAGAGAUGGGUUUAAAUAUCACAGAUGAACAAAUACAAGAAAUGGAAAAUAAUAUUUAUAAUAUAAAUUUUGACGAUGCCGCAAAUGAAGAACGAUUAACCAGGCAUGAUGUAAUGGCUCAUGUGCAUGUUUUUGCAAAGCAGUGUCCCCUUGCUGCACCGAUUAUUCAUUUAGGAGCUACUUCAUGUUUCGUUGGUGAUAAUACUGAUCUGAUUAUUCUUAGAGAUGGUUUAGACUUACUAAUUCCUAGAGUUGCAACUGUGAUUCAAAAUCUAGCAAGGUUUGCAGACCAGUAUAAGUCACUUCCUGCCUUAGGAUACACCCAUCUGCAACCUGCUCAGUUGACUACUGUCGGUAAGAGGGCCACUCUUUGGCUGUAUGAUUUUCUAAUGGAUGAAAGAGCCUUGACUAGGGCUAGGGAAGAUCUUAGAUUUCGAGGUGUAAAAGGAACAACUGGUACUCAAGCUUCCUUCAUGCAGCUGUUGAAUGACAGCAGCAAAGUGCGUGCUUUAGAUCAAUGUGUAGCUGAACUGUCUGGUUUUAAUAAGACUUACCCAGUAACUGGACAAACUUAUUCAAGAAAAGUUGAUUUAGAAAUUGUUGCCACCCUCUCAUCUUUGGGUUCAUCUAUUCAUAAGAUGUGUAGUGACCUUAGAUUAUUAGCUAACUUUAAAGAAAUGGAAGAGCCCUUUGAAGCAAGCCAAAUAGGCAGCUCUGCCAUGCCUUAUAAGAGAAAUCCAAUGAGAUCAGAGAGAUGCUGUGCCAUAUCAAGACACCUUAUAGCUUUGUUUUCAAAUGCUGCCAAUACCCAUUCUGUUCAGUGGUUAGAGAGGACCCUAGAUGAUUCAGCAAACAAGAGGCUGACCCUAUCUGAAGCUUUCUUAAGUGCAGAUGCUGUUUUAAUGGUACUUACAAACAUAACACAGGGUCUUGUGGUGUAUCCCAAAGUUAUAGAGAAGAGAAUAAACCAAGAAUUACCAUUUAUGUCUGCUGAAAAUUUGAUUAUGGCUAUGGUUAAAAAAGGUGGGGACAGACAAAUUUGCCAUGAAAAAAUAAGAGUACUAUCUCAUGAAGCUGGAGCACAGGUAAAGCAGCAUGGCAAAGAUAAUGAUUUUCUUGAUAGGGUUAGAGCAGAUCCUUAUUUUAAACCUAUUUUGGCUGAGUUAGAUGGAUUGCUAGAUCCCAGCACUUAUAUUGGAAGAGCUUCUGAACAAGUAACUGAAUUUUUAGCAGAGGAAGUUCAACCUAUUUUACAGAAGUACAAAGAGGUACUAAAAAAUGAAUUAUCUGUUACACUUAAUAUUUAAAUUUUGUUAUUAACUGAAAAAAAUAAUUUUUAUUUUGUUAUUCAUUGUAAUAAAUGAUUUAUUUAU